AUGAGCAUUUGUGAAACGAUGUUUCUGGAUCUGACAAAUGUGCUAAAGAUCGAUUACUUCGUGUGCUGGAUGAUCAUCCUUGGUGCAAUGAAAUAUCGUUUUUGUCAGGAAUCAGUGGAAGCCCAUGAUUUGAAUACCAGCAAUAUUUACGCAUGCGCCUCUUGUUGCGAACUAAUUGUUUGCAAGAAAUCCCCUCCAGUGUUCGUUACUAUACAUGAUCUUCCUACGACGUUUCGGCCAACCGAUGCCAAGUUCCGCUUGCGCUACGGGAGUAUUGGCGAUACUAUCCGUCGUAAACACUGUCAGUUGUUUGAAAAGGAUGAUCAAGUUUAUUACAUCAACCCGGACUUGGUAAAUUACGGCAAUGUAGUUCUAUACCGCACAUGUGCACGUGAUCCGCGUUCUGUGACCUUCAGCAUUGCAAACAACCAUGACUAUGGCCACGGCGAUGAGCUUCCCGAGCUUAAUGAAGUGGUCAUGAACUGCAUUUCACCUGUUCGCAAGUUUGUGGUGAAGUGA